AUGUGUUUCAGGAGCUACUGUGACAGUCUUGCCUACCACCCACUGAGUGCUGCAGACUUUGGAAAGAUCAUGAAGAACGUGUUUCCCAACAUGAAGGCUCGCCGCCUGGGCAUGAGAGGCAAAUCUAAGUACUGUUAUAGUGGACUGAGGAAGAAAGCUUUUGUUCACAUGCCUUCUCUGCCCAACCUGGACUUACAAAAAUCAGGCGACGGGUGUGAGUCGAUGGAGCCGUCGUCGGGCCAGUCUCCCUGUGCGGAGGAUGAGAUGCGCUCAGCGGCCUGUGGCUUGGUGUGUGAGUGGGCUCAGAAGGUCCUCAGCAGACAGUUUGAUGCCGUGGAGGACCUGGCUCGCUUCCUGCUCAACAGUCACUACAUAGGAACCAAGUCUAUGGCUGCCCUCACCGUCAUGACUGGGGCACCCACAGGUCUGAAGACUCCCACGCCAACCUCUGCGUUCGUGCCCACGUCCGAGGCCUCGUCCUUCCAGCCGCAGGUGAAGACGCUGGCCUCUCCCUCGGUAGACGCCAAGCAGCAGCUCCAGAGGAAGAUCCAGAAGAAACAGCAGGAGCAGAAGCUCCAGUCCCCCCUGCCUGGAGAGGCCCAGGGACAGGGACAGAACCAGGCCAGGAGGACCGAUGCCAGCACCCCAGGGCCAGCUAUCCCCUGUGGAAGUCCUGCCCUGCUUUCACCGCAACCUACCAUUGGUAUUGUGGUGGCAACCGUCCCCAGCCCCAUCACGGUCCAGAGGAGCAGGCAGCUGAUGACAUCCCCUAGCUUGGUGGGGUCCGCCGAGGGGAAGGUCAUGCCAACGGUGAACUUCCAGGUGGUCACCCACGCCCAGUCUCUGACCCACAGACAGUCCCCUAAAACGCCCCAGAACAUCUCAGCCAGCCCCGUGGGAGACCGCCUGGCUAGGCACAGGUACCCCCAGAUCCUCCCCAAGCCCUCUGCCACGGGGGCCAUCACCCUGCGUUCGCCCCCCACCCUGCUCAUCACCAACAGCCCCAUGAAAACCCACCACGUGAUCCAGCCCCAGCUCAGCUCCCACGUCAACGUGGUCAAGAUGACCGCCGUCUCCCUGACCCCGAGCAACACUAUCAGUACCAGCAGUAACAGUAUGGUCCUCAGGCCAGCUUCAGCCUCGGCCGGGGUGGGAACCACCACCACCUUUACCACCAUCGCUGCCCUAGAGGAGAUCCAGCAACAGGGACAGAGUCAGGGAGGCCCCACAGCUACCCCACAAUGCCCUGCAGUACGGCCUGGCACCCCAGUCUCCACAGUGGCUCCUGAGGCCAUCAUCACUGACAAUAACCCGGGCGUUGACUCUGAUAAACUGAGCACCAUACAGUCCCCCGGUGGGUCCAAUCGUUUAGAGAGGGCCACUAAGUACCGAGCGUCCAGCGAACCCUCGCUCCUGGUCAUAUGCUCCCCAGGACCUGAAAGAGUUGCCGCCAGGACCAAAAGCUACCCUUCCUCUAGCUCCCCUCCCACCUCUGCCACCAGUGCAGCGACUAUUAGGGUAGAGAACAAGCAGGACAGCAAUAACAACAGCUGCACCGCCAACUGUCACCAAGAAAGUCCUUUUUAUUUGACUGUUGUGCCCUCGGCCAAUCAGAACACUCCUAGCGUCAGCGGAAAGUCCUCCUCGUCCAAUGGCUUAUCGGCUGUUACCCUAUUGACUGCUAGAGACUCCUCCUCCUGUGCGUCACGUUCUAUGAGUCCUCGGAAGCGAAACGGCCCUGGUCUGGAUUCCUCCCACGUGAUCCCUGUGAAGCGUGUCUUCAUCUCCCAGCAACCUUUAGGUGUGACCUUUGACCCCAGACCAGUGGUUACCGCCGCUGUCAAGAGGGUCCCAGCCAGACAAAGCACGCCGGCCCGACCGGAGAGCGCCCCCUGUCGAGUGACGGUGAAACAACACCUAGUGCCCACGCAGAUCUUGGCGCUGUCUGACUCGCCCGUCGCGAACGCAGAGAUCUCCUCCUCCUCCUCUCAGACUGUCAGUGUGAAGCCCCAGUCCUCCUCGUUGCUGCUAGUUAAGCAGGAAGACCAGUCCUCUCUGACUCCACGUCUCAGCACUGUCAGCAGUCACACCAGCAGCACUGAAGCCUCUGGUACAACCACCACCGCAGUGUCUGAGCAGCAGCAGCAGCAGCAACAACAACAGAAACAACAGCAACAGGCCUUACAGCAGAUCACAGCAGGGACAGUAGGAGCACAGCAACACUCUGAGGUCUCUGGGAUGGCAGUAGGAGCACAGCAACACUCUGAGGUCUCUGGGAUGGCAGUAGGAGCACAGCAACACUCUGUCUCUGUGAUGGCAGUAGGAGCACAGCAACACUCUGUCUCUGGGAUGGCAGUAGGAGCACAGCAACACUCUGAGGUCUCUGGGAUGGCAGUAGGAGCACAGCAACACUCUGAGGUCUCUGGGAUGGCAGUAGGAGCACAGCAACACUCUGUCUCUGUGAUGGCAGUAGGAGCACAGCAACACUCUGUCUCUGGGAUGGCAGUAGGAGCACAGCAACACUCUGAGGUCUCUGGGAUGGCAGUAGGAGCACAGCAACACUCUGAGGUCUCUGGGAUGGCAGUAGGAGCACAGCAACACUCUGAGGUCUCUGGGAUGGCAGUAGGAGCACAGCAACACUCUGUCUCUGGGAUGGCAGUAGGAGCACAGCAACACUCUGAGGUCUCUGGGAUGGCAGUAGGAGCACAGCAACACUCUGAGGUCUCUGGGAUGGCAGUAGGAGCACAGCAACACUCUGUCUCUGGGAUGGCAGUAGGAGCACAGCAACACUCUGAGGUCUCUGGGAUGGCAGUAGGAGCACAGCAACACUCUGAGGUCUCUGGGAUGGCAGUAGGAGCACAGCAACACUCUGUCUCUGGGAUGGCAGUAGGAGCACAGCAACACUCUGAGGUCUCUGGGAUGGCAGUAGGAGCACAGCAACACUCUGUCUCUGGGAUGGCAGUAGGAGCACAGCAACACUCUGAGGUCUCUGGGAUGGCAGUAGGAGCACAGCAACACUCUGAGGUCUCUGGGAUGGCAGUAGGAGCACAGCAACACUCUGAGGUCUCUGGGAUGGCAGUAGGAGCACAGCAACACUCUGAGGUCUCUGGGAUGGCAGUAGGAGCACAGCAACACUCUGAGGUCUCUGGGAUGGCAGUAGGAGCACAGCAACACUCUGAGGUCUCUGGGAUGGCAGUAGGAGCACAGCAACACUCUGAGGUCUCUGGGAUGGCAGUCGGAGCACAGCAACACUCUGUCUCUGUGAUGGCAGUAGGAGCACAGCAACACUCUGAGGUCUCUGGGAUGGCAGUAGGAGCACAGCAGCACUCUGUCUCUGGGAUGGCAGUAGGAGCACAGCAACACUCUGAGGUCUCUGGGAUGGCAGUAGGAGCACAGCAACACUCUGUCUCUGGGAUGGCAGUAGGAGCACAGCAACACUCUGAGGUCUCUGUGAUGGCAGUAGGAGCACAGCAACACUCUGAGGUCUCUGGGAUGGCAGUAGGAGCACAGCAACACUCUGUCUCUGGGAUGGCAGUAGGAGCACAGCAACACUCUGAGGUCUCUGGGAUGGCAGUAGGAGCACAGCAACACUCUGAGGUCUCUGGGAUGGCAGUAGGAGCACAGCAACACUCUGUCUCUGGGAUGGCAGUAGGAGCACAGCAACACUCUGUCUCUGGGAUGGCAGUCGGAGCACAGCAACACUCUGAGGUCUCUGUGAUGGCAGUAGGAGCACAGCAACACUCUGAUGUCUCUGGGAUGGCAGUAGGAGCACAGCAACACUCUGAGGUCUCUGGAAUGGCAGUAGGAGCACAUCAACACUCUGAGGUCUCUGGGAUGGCAGUAGGAGCACAGCAACACUCUGAGGUCUCUGGGAUGGCAGUAGGAGCACAGCAACACUCUGAGGUCUCUGGGAUGGCAGUAGGAGCACAGCAACACUCUGAGGUCUCUGGGAUGGCAGUAGGAGCACAGCAACACUCUGUCUCUGGGAUGGCAGUAGGAGCACAGCAACACUCUGAGGUCUCUGGGAUGGCAGUAGGAGCACAGCAACACUCUGUCUCUGGGAUGGCAGUAGGAGCACAGCAACACUCUGAGGUCUCUGGGAUGGCAGUAGGAGCACAGCAACACUCUGAGGUCUCUGGGAUGGCAGUAGGAGCACAGCAACACUCUGAGGUCUCUGGGAUGGCAGUAGGAGCACAGCAACACUCUGAGGUCUCUGUGAUGGCAGUAGGAGCACAGCAACACUCUGAGGUCUCUGGGAUGGCAGUAGGAGCACAGCAACACUCUGAGGUCUCUGGGAUGGCAGUAGGAGCACAGCAACACUCUGAGGUCUCUGGGAUGGCAGUAGGAGCACAGCAACACUCUGAGGUCUCUGGGAUGGCAGUAGGAGCACAGCAACACUCUGAGGUCUCUGGGAUGGCAGUAGGAGCACAGCAACACUCUGAGGUCUCUGGGAUGGCAGUAGGAGCACAGCAACACUCUGUCUCUGUGAUGGGGAACAUGACAAGCACAGUGUUGGAAGAGUCAGCCGCAGGAUAUGUGGAGGAGCUGCAGAAACAGGCCUUCACUCAGACUAUCGCAGCAGAACACACCAAGCAGCAGGCCCUGGGUUCUACCGACCAACACCAACUCUCCAACAUCAUGUCCCAGACCUCAGACUCCUCUGAUCAGUCAUCUGGCCUUCACCAGGAGACGGUGGACUUUGCCUCCUCAGCCUCCCAGCACUACUUCUCCUUUAACGAUGACGAUAUGACCCAGGACAGCAUCGUGGAGGAACUGGUUCAGAUGGAGGAACAGAUGAAGCUGAAGGGCCUCCAGCCGUUGUUCAGUAGCUGUGUGGAUAAUAUAUCUUUCCAGGGCCAGCCUGGGGGCCCCCAGGGGCCCAUCCUCAACACUCACCACCAGGGGGUUUGUUCCUCUUUCUACCAGUCUGCCCAUAGCAGCACAACCCCCAUCCAGACUCCAACCCCGACCCCCACGGAGAUGUCUCUCGGUGGGCACGAGCUGACCAGAGAGAGCCCCUGUUGCCAUCACAGCAUGGCCCCUAUCACGCCCGUGGAGGGGCCUCUAGGAGGACGACACACCCCUAUGAGCGCUCUGUCUAACUGUUCUAGCGGCAUCCCGCCCAGCCCGGUGGAGUGCAGGAACCCGUUUGCCUUCACCCCUAUCAACUCCAGCAUGGCAGGGGGUUACCGCGAUGCCUCCGUGGUGUCUGUCUCCUCCAGUCCCAUCAAGCCCAUGCAGAGACCCAUGGCCACGCACCCAGAUAAGGCUAAACUGGAGUGGAUCAACAACCGCUACAACAGUAGUGGUACUGAAGCUACUGGAGGAGUCGGAGCAGGGCCGGGUUCCGGGUUAUCCAUCUCUAACCACAGCCUUGGUGGACUCCUGCCUAGUUACCAGGAUCUAGUGGAUGACCAUUUCCGUAAGCCGCACGCCUUCGCUGUCCCGGGGGGGCACAGUGGCCAGUCUUUCCAGGCUCAGUCCAGACAGCAGGACGGCAGCCAUUUUGGACAUCUCACCCCCAUCUGUCCGGUGCAACAGCAGUUGACCAGCGUAUCGACCACACCCACCAACACGGCAACCAAACAGGACGAGAGCUUCGCUGUGCCCGCCCCUUUGGACAGCAAGGGUGGAGCCUUGUCAUCAGGGGGCGGGGCGUUCCGUUGCCGCAGCGUCAGCCACGCCGUGAGUCAGAUGACCUUCAGCGGUAGCGUCACGCCAUUGGUUGUCUCGCAGUUUAGUUCCCCCAUGACCUCACAGGAAAUUCUCAUCAUUCUGUCCAACGGCCAAUCGGUGGGCGGCAACCUCCACAGCAUGGCCCAGCGCAGCCAAUCGGUGCCCUUAAACAUCAUGAUGCAGAGCGUCGUGGAGAUGCAGGGCAUCCAGGGACAGAACCAGAGUAACGCCACUAAGAUCACCAACGUCCUCCUGAGUAAGAUGGACUCUGACGUGGACGACACAGUCAGGGGCCUGGGCAUCAACAACCUUCCUUCCAACUAUACCGCCCGCAUGAACCUCACCCAGAUGCUGGAGACCCAGUCUCAGAAUCAGACUGCCCCUGGGUGCUCCACCACUGGAGGAGAUGGAGGAGGAGGAGGGGGGAACGUCCACCAGUCUCAGCUGCAGACCGUCAGCUCCAGCCCUGCCUCUUUCGAGCUCCAUCAGCACGGGGGUUAUCUCACCAGUACCGGAGGACGCGGCGGGGAGAUGAGCUUCAACCAAGCACAAUCAGGCCCUGGUGGUGAGGAUGUGGACCUGGAGCUACAGCAGAUCCAGGAGCUUCAGGAGGCCUCAGGACAUCUCCUUCCCCAGCUACUACAAACCCAGGCUAGGCCGCUCCUGAGUCCCCAGCUCCACACUCCCCAGGCCCAGCUCCAGAGUCCUCAUCCCCAGCUCCAGAGUCCUCAUCCCCAGCUCCAGAGUCCCCAGCUCCAGAGUCCACACACCCAGCUCCAGAGUCCACACACCCAGCUCCAGAGUCCCCAUCUCCAGAGUCCCCACACCCAGCUCCAGAGUCCCCACCCCCAGCUCCACAUUCCCCAGGCCCAGCUCCAGAGUCCCCAGGCCCAGCUCCAGAGUCCCCAGGCCCAGCUCCAGAGUCCACACACCCAGCUCCAGAGUCCACACACCCAGCUCCAGAGUCCACACACCCAGCUCCAGAGUCCCCACACCCAGCUCCACAUUCCCCAGGCCCAGCUCCAGAGUCCCCACACCCAGCUCCAGAGUCCCCACCCCCAGCUCCACAUUCCCCAGGCCCAGCUCCAGAGUCCCCACCCCCAGCUCCAGAGUCCCCACCCCCAGCUCCAGAGUCCCCACCCCCAGCUCCAGAGUCCCCAGCUCCAGAGUCCCCACCCCCAGCUCCAGAGUCCCCACCCCCAGCUCCAGAGUCCCCACACCCAGCUCCAGAGUCUCCACCCCCAGCUCCAGAGUCUACACACCCAGCUCCAGAGUCCCCACCCCCAGCUCCAGAAUCCCCACACCCAGCUCCAGAGUCCCCACACCCAGCUCCAGAGUCUCCACCCCCAGCUCCAGAGUCCCCAGCUCCAGAGUCCCCACCCCCAGCUCCAGAGUCCCCAGCUCCAGAGUCCCCACCCCCAGCUCCAGAGUCCCCAGCUCCAGAGUCCCCAGCUCCAGAGUCCCCAGGCCGGGUUCCAGAGUCCCCAGCUCCAGAGUCCCCACCCCCAGCUCCAGAGUCCCCAGCUCCAGAGUCCCCACCCCCAGCUCCAGAGUCCCCAGCUCCAGAGUCCCCAGCUCCAGAGUCCCCACCCCCAGCUCCAGAGUCCCCAGCUCCAGAGUCCCUACCCCCAGCUCCAGAGUCCCCAGCUCCAGAGUCCCCAGCUCCAGAGUCCCCAGCUCCAGAGUCCCCAGGCCGGGUUCCAACUCUUCCAGCCCAUCACCACCCAGCAGCAGCAACAACAACAGGAUGAAGAAGACAAAGCACAACAACAGCUAGACUUCAACAACACUGUUAAAGACCUGUUAGGCGACGACGGCGUCAACGUCCACGCUGAAGGCCUCAACCCCAGCUCUCAGCUGGUUGGUCAGGUGGCCUCGGAACUCAACGCCGCUGUGGCGUCCGACUUCACCAACGACAUCAGGCUGACCUCUGACCUCUCCAGUAGCAUCACAGACCUGAACACGUUGGACGCCGACCUGCUGUUCGAUCCGUCCAACCAACAGCAAGAACAGUACGAAGACGCCACACUGGAAGAGCUGAAGAACGAUCCUCUGUUUCAGCAGAUAUGUAGUGAUACUGUGAACUGCUCGUUCGACUGGCUGGAGUGCAAAGACCAGCCUACUACCGUAGAGAUGUUGGGCUAAUGAUGUUAUUGUGUGUGAACGAAUCGAAGCUCAUUGCCUUAUAUAGUUUACUAUGGGUCUUUGUCUAUUGGCCCUAGUCAGAAGCAUUGUACAAUACAAGGACUAGGGUGUGUCAAUUCAGAUACAGACUGGCUUAAAAUAAAUACGUAUAUUUAUGUUUUUUUUUUUUAAUUUAGAUUGUUUUGUCAGGGGAAGAAAAAAACUUCUGGACUCUCGGCCGUUUGUCCAGGGAAAAGUGCCAUCCUAACCUGGAAAUCUCUUUCAUUGUUAAGAUAUAUGAAUCGCAAUACAUUACCACUUAAUAUAUGCCAUUUAGCAGACGCUUUUAUCCAAAGCGACUUACAGUCAUGUGUGCAUACAUUCUACGUAUGGGUGGUCCCGGGGAGUCCCCAGCUCCCGGCACUAAAGUACUACGAAAAUAUGGUCUUUGAGACGUGGUCUGUGAGACGUGGACUGUGAGACGUGGUCUGUGAGACGUGGACUGUGAGACGUGGUCUGUGAGACGUGGACUGUGAGACGUGGUCUGUGAGACGUGGACUGUGAGACGUGGUCUGUGAGACGUGGAC